AUGACAAGCUUUGUAAAGAUGCUCCCAACUACAGACUUAUUACUCCAGCUGUGUUGUCUGAGAGGCUGA